AUGAUUGUUUUCGCGGUUCUUCUUGAUAGGUUCCACCAGUUGUACCAACUAGUGUACGGUUGCUAUUUCGUACUGCGGUAUGCUCCGACUGCAGGAGCUGGUGCAGCUGGUUGGGAGGAGCACACCUCUCAGACGGAAAGUGAAAUAGAAGAAGACGUUGACGAAAUAGAUCAUGAAGAGGAAGAUAUUACAGGAGCUACAUCAACUGGCAGCAGUGGUGGCACUAGUAGUAGUGGAAGUAUACAGGAGAACCACGAGCAGGAACAGAAAACAACAACCCCCCGACAACGUACGACAGCUGAAAAGCGCGAGAACCGUGACUGCGAAGAGGCAAUAGCGCGUCGUGUGGUUCGGUACUUGCGGUGGGAGGUUUUUGGCGUCCGCAGAAUCUUCAAUGUCUUCCUCCUCUACUACUUCUGGCUAGUACUGGUUGCCUUCGUGUACAUAACAAGUAUGGCAGAUUGGAGAGGAUUUCCUGUGAUACAUCGUCUUCUUGUAGGUGGCCGUCGGGUGAACCGCGGGCGCAGGAGCACGUCAGGUAAGAAUAGAAGUUCAUCUUCAUCUGGUGGCAGAACAUCUUCAAAAUCAAAAAAAGAUCUUCGUCUUUCUGGACCAGCCACGACAGAAGCGCUAUUCACACCCGGACGAGGGCCGCACUCGAUGAGGUUACCUGUGGGGCUACCAGCAGCUUCUUUUUUGGAACAGGAUGCUCAUGGUGGUGUAGGUGUGGGUGUCGUAGGACACCACGUACUUGGAGGGGACGAUCAGGUCUUGUUCGACGAAGAACAGAUCAUGGAGGAAAAGAUGAACUUUAGAGAAGCACAGAGCAGACGGAGACCUCCAACAUCUUCAAGUAGAACAAGAGGCGAAGUGAAACGUCCUAGGCGGUUCAGACGUAGAACAGAACAAGGGGGACAGCGACAGGAGGAUGCAGAAAUAGAAGAAGAACAAGACAAACAGAGGACAGACGACGGAGAAGUUGAACAAAUAGUAGUCACAGUGGAUGACACGAGUUAUGUGAUCACAUCGCAUGAUCCUUCCGUGACCAAUCCGUUUCAAGCAGGUAGCACGAGCGCAAAUGCCGCAGGCGGAAUGUCCCGAGCACAUCGACUGAAAACCAGACACCUCCUAGAUGAAGAGCGAUCCCUAAAGAGACAGCUGCUGGAGAAAAACCAACAUCAAGGUUCAUCGCAGCAAGUAGGCGGUUUUUUCCCGUUCGGACAGCACAACAUUCCGUUUGGAUCGUCGCUGCUCAGCUUCGGAGAGGGAAGGGUACUAUUCACGCUACAGUUUUUAGGAUCAAAUAUAAUUUUGCACGUCUGGACAAAUCCAUGUAAGUACAACUAUGUAGUGUUACAUCUCUUUUUCUAAUCAACCUUCUACCCCUUGACAUGAUCAUCAAAACCUAUCUACUACGUAGAAGUAAACCUCUCAAUCUAGUACUAUCAUCAUCAUCAUCAUCAUCAAUAAUCUCAUGAAACCCACUACCCUACACUCGUCAAAAAACAGUGGAAGUGCUUCGUCGCUCUCAUCGGCUACCUGGUGAUGUCACUCGCUGGUCCGAUCUAUGUGGCAGCUGGGCAAUUGGAUCGCGAAGGCAAGAUGCUCGAAACAAUGUUGGACUCCAGUUUCAUGAUCCUCACGGUGUCUUUCCUAGGAACGACGUGGGGCGUCGCGGAACUCGCAGUGCAGCAGUUGCAUGGAGGGCAUAGGUGAGAACGAUGCUUGCCUUAUAAAUUUUAGAUCUUUUGGCAUGUUUGUUGGAUUUAUAUUCUUUGCAGAGACUGAGGACUCAGAUAGAGAUACUCACCAGCACGAUUGAACAGUUUAGCAUAGUUUCGCUUAAUAUCGAAAGCCAAAGCAAAUUAGAGGAUAGUUUCAAAUUUAGCGAGAAGUGGUUGUAAAGAUCAAAAAAGCUGAAGACAAAGAUACAGUAGAUUGAAGAGACAUCCAAGAUGAUAGGUGGUGUAUUUAGUCGAAUGCCGAUAUUAGCAUUUAAUAUGUGGAAAGAUUCUACACUGAGGGUCGUGAUGUAGUUAGACGCUGUCCCAGUGUCAGAACCAGAAGUGACUGGAAAGAUACAACGCUCAUAGAAGUAGGCAUAAAGAACAAGAACAGGUAAGAACAUGUCAACAUUUCUAGUACAGUCAUUUUCACAACAAGGAAACUUUAC